AUGUCGCCGGUUCCCGAGGCAGAGCUGAGGUUCGGCGUCCUUGGCCUGAAGAGCCUGGAGUACAAUGCCAAGGAGGCGGUCACGGAGAUGCCCUUUGUGGGCCAGGCCUUUGUGAACGUGGACGCCUACGAGAAGCUCACGGAGUCGCUGUCCCGGGUGAUCUGCGAGCACCGGCUGCAGGACGUGGCGUCUGUGCUGCUGCUGCACUUCCACCACCACAUGGAGGAGGGGGAGAUCCUGCUGGAGAAGGUGGAUGAGAAGGAGGCCAUCACCAGCCCCGUGUUCAUGGAGACGGUGGCAGAAGAUCCCCGGCUGGUGCCGCACUCCUUCCGCCUGAAGAAGGUGAAUGACAGCUUCAAGUGGGUGCCCACGGAGUUCGUGCUGGACACGGACGGGCAGAUGCAGCAGUUGACGGAUUCCAUGCUGACCUCUGAUGGGUUCAUGGAUGCCAUGGCCACUGAGUUGCUCACCACUGGGCUUUGGACAGUCUUUGGAAUCCAAACGCUGCACCGCCACCAAGUGGUUCUCAAGGAGGAUGAGGUGUUAGUGGAGGAGAGCACGAAGCCUUGGGAGGAGGAAGGACGCAUCUCGCGUUUCUGGCCGCACCCCGCAACUGUCAUCGACUACAGCAAUCCCACACUUCUGAAGACCACGUGGGCUUGGAUGAACCAGAAAGUCUGGGUGUGCGCGGGCAACUGCUCAGGAUGCAAGCACUGCAGUGGGAACCAGGCGAACGUGAAUAUGGCUGGGGAGAAGGCGGAGUACCAGCCCACAGAUCUGAAAAAAGUCUGGGUGUGUGCGGGCAACUGCUCAGGAUGCAAGCACUGCAGUGGGAACCAGGCCAACGUGAAUAUGGCUGGGGAGAAGGUGGGGUACCCGCCCACAGAUCUGAAGAAAGUUUGGGUUUGCGCGGGCAACUGCUCAGGAUGCAAGCACUGCAGCGGCAACCAGGCCAACGUCGGCAACCAGGCCAACGUGAAUAUGGCUGGAGAGAAGGUGGAAUACCAGCCCACAGAUCUGAAGAAAGUCUGGGUGUGCGCGGGCAAUUGCUCAGGAUGCAAGCACUGCAGUGGGAACCAGGCCAACGUAAACAUGGCUGGGGAGAAGGUGCAGUACCAGCCCACAGAUCUGAAGAAAGUUUGGGUUUGCGCGGGCAACUGCUCAGGAUGCAAGCACUGCAGUGGGAACCAGGCCAACGUGAAUAUGGCUGGGGAGAAGGUGGAAUACCAGCCCACAGAUCUGAAGAAAGUCUGGGUGUGCGCGGGCAAUUGCUCAGGAUGCAAGCACUGCAGUGGGAACCAGGCCAACGUAAACAUGGCUGGGGAGAAGGUGCAGUACCAGCCCACAGAUCUGAAGAAAGUUUGGGUUUGCGCGGGCAACUGCUCAGGAUGCAAGCACUGCAGUGGGAACCAGGCCAACGUGAAUAUGGCUGGGGAGAAGGUGGAGUACCAGCCCACUGAUCUCAAAAAAGUUGAGGUCUGA